AUGGUGCCGCUACUCAUGGCCGAGAACGGCCUGCUGGCCCGCAGGCGUGGACAUACGGAGCUCUCUGUAUACCUCUCAAAGAUUGCCGGCCUCCGACCAGUCACCGCAAUCUGCGAGAUGCUGGACGCAGAGACGUACUCCGCACUAUCUGUGGCCAAGGCAGAGAGAUACGCAAGACAGAACGCCAUUCCGUUUUGUGAACGGACAGGGCCUUGUCGAGUAUGCAAGGGUACACUGAUCAUGAACAUAGCCAUCGUAGUCUCGGACUUUAACGAGGAGAUAACAUCAAGGAUGCUCCAAGUGGCAAGGGAGAGGGCCUCGCUGCUGGGACUGGGGGUAGUCCAUGUCAGCCAUGUUCCCGGGGCAUACGACAUGCCACUGGUGGUGGAUCACCUGCUCAGGAACCCCGGCAUCGAUGCCGUGGCAACACUGGGGGCAAUCAUCCGGGCCAGACAAAGCACGACGAGGCAAUAG